CUGAAAAGAGCACGAGUGGAGUCGGGUAUCAGGCAGAGCCGCUUUAUCUGUCCUUUGACAGCUAGGCUAGCUUGUAAACAAUACCUAAUGGAAGCUGGCAUACCACCUGCAAUGUAAUGAAUCAAUGUUGUGUUCCCUUAACUAAUACUACCUAUGUACGUGGGUGUUGCGUUGAAACGACGAGCUCUAUUCGGUGGCUUCGCGUUGUGCAGGGUGCUGGAUCUUCUCUGCAGCAUCUUGAGGAGCCGAUGCUUCUGAGCUGAGCUAACCAUUGUAUUGCUCUAAAGAAAGGGAAACAACAGUUUCACUGGAACGCCUGCAGCCCGGUCCUCUGCUCUGCGGCGGAUGUCUCACCGCCCGUUCCAGAGGCCGGAGGUCGGUUGGCUACAGGAGGUGGAGCCCCAGCAGUAAGUGAUGCGCGCGUCGCUGGCGGGCUGCAGGAUGAGCGUGGGCGCGCUCCUCAACGGACUGCUGGUGUCCGUGGUGGCGGCGCUGCUCUGGAAGUACUCCAAGCUGAGCGAGCACGCCGCCUCCCUGGAGGAGGAGCUGCACCUGACGCGCCAGUCCCAGGAGCUGUCGGAGGGCCGCAUCGACUACCACGCCGCCCUGCUGGCCCUGCAGGAGCACGGCACGCGCAUGGUGUGCACGGGCAAGAUGCACACGGACCGCAUCUGCCGCUUCGACUACCUCUGCUACUGCUCCGAGGCGGAGGAGUUUGUGUUCUUCUACUCCAACUCGUCCGUCAUGCUGCCCAACCUGGGGCCCCGGCGGUUCCAGCCGGCGCUGCUGGACCUGUCCUCGGUGGAGGACCACAACACCCAGUACUUCAACUUCCUGGAGCUGCCCGCCGGCGCGCUCAAGUUCAUGCCCAAGCCCGUGUUCGUGCCGGACGUCACGUUGAUUAUGAACCGCUUCAACCCCGACAACCUGAUGCACGUCUUCCACGACGACCUGCUCCCCGCCUUCUACACCAUGAAGCAGUACCUGGACCUGGACGACGAGGCCCGGUUGGUCUUCAUGGAGGGCUGGGGCGAGGGCCCGUACUUUGACCUCUAUCGGCUGCUGAGCGGCAAGCAGCCGCUGCUCAAAGAACAGCUGAAGAACUUCGGAAAGCUCAUGUGCUUCACAAAGUCUUACGUGGGCCUGUCCAAGAUGACCACCUGGUACCAGUACGGCUUCGUCCAGCCACAGGGCCCGAAGGCCAACAUCUUGGUGUCAGGCAACGAGGUCCGGCAGUUUGCCAAGAUCAUGAUGGAGAGGAUGAACAUCACCGGGCAGGAGGACACCGCCAAGGAAGGAGACGGUACCGAAGAGGAGCAGGAGAAAGAGAAGAGGGAGGAUUACAUCGUGGUUUUCUCCCGCUCCACCACGAGGUUGAUCCUGAAUGAGGCGGAGUUGAUCAUGGCACUAGCCCAGGAGUUUCAGAUGAGGGUCUUGACGGUGUCGCUGGAGGAGCAGUCGUUUGCCAGCAUAGUGCAGGUGAUCAGCGGGGCGUCCAUGCUGUUCAGCAUGCACGGCGCUCAGCUCGUCACGGCACUGUUCCUGCCCCGAGGGGCCGCCGUGGUGGAGCUGUUCCCCUAUGCGGUGAACCCCGAGCAGUACACCCCGUAUAAGACCCUGGCCUCCCUGCCGGGCAUGGACCUGCAGUACGUCUCCUGGAGGAACUCCAUGGAGGAGAACACGGUCACCCAUCCGGAACGGCCCUGGGACCAAGGGGGGAUCGUGCACCUGGAGAAGGAGGAGCAGGAGCGCAUACAGGUCAGCAAGGACGUCCCCAGGCACCUGUGCUGUCGGAACCCAGAGUGGCUUUAUAGGAUCUACCAGGACACUUUGGUAGACAUCCCUUCACUCCUAGAAGUGCUGAAGGAGGGCCUCAAAACCAGGCCCAGCGUGAAAAAGAACAAGGCGGCCAGCACCGUUCACCCAGGGCGAGUCAGAGAACCCCAAUGCCAGACCUCUGUCCAGGCCACCAACGAGGCCAAACUCACAGUGUCCUGGCAGAUCCCGUGGAACCUGAAGUUCCUGAAGGUGCGCGAGGUGAAGUAUGAGGUGUGGAUACAGGAGCAAGGAGAGAACACCUACAUGCCUUACAUCCUGCCCCAGCUGAACUACACCUUCUCAGAGAACAUCAAGCCUUUCACCACCUACCUGGUCUGGGUGCGGUGCAUCUUCAACAAGAGCCUUCUGGGUCCUUUUGCAGAUGUUCUCAUGUGUAGGACCUAGUCGAAAAAAGACCGCUUUAACAUGAUCCUGUGUUGUUUCCCACGUCACGGUGAACCUUUUCCAGGCAAUCAAAUGUUGGGGAAAUGACACUUAGCGAUGAGAAUUGAGAGGUGGAUGCUGGUCAUGUAGUAUGUGGAAAAUGUAGUACAUUCCCAUUCUUAGAAAAAAAGAUGAAUAGGAUGUGGACUAACUGUAGAUGACCGCAAAGACCAUGAAGAACACAAUACCAUUAGGGGUCUGAUUAUGGAUGCAGACAUGAGGUCGGUGUCACCGUAUGAAAGGAAGAACAUGUGUGUUGCUAUAUCUCUAGUCAAGAUGAAAUCAUUGACAGAUUUAUUUAUGUGCAAAAUAUUAUAUUACAUUUUCUAGCGGUAGUCAGAAAUUUGAUCCAAUACAGUAUCUUUUUACAGUAUGCAAUGUAGCUUUUUGUUGUAAAAUGUGUGUGUGUGUGUGUGCGUAUGUUUGUGUGACUGAGAUUUUGGUGUUGACAGUUAGCUUGUGAUACCCACGGUUCUGUUAGAUUUUCCUUUUUAUUUUGAAUCUUGCCAAAGCCAAAGUAGUCUGCCAAUGUUAUUACUUAUCAACCAUGUAGUUAUUAUUUAAUCAAGGUUUCACUGUCUUUGAGCUCAGAUAUUUUCUUUAACGAAAUUAAUCCUGAAUAAACGAAAUGAUUAACUAUAUCUAUUGUUCCCAAUUAACGCUGUUAAAAAGAUAUAAAUUGAAAUUCAGCGAAGUAAUAUAGGUGUGUAAAAGGAGUUCAAUGUUAUGAAAUGAUACUAGAAUAAGGAAGCCUCACAUCGCCAGACCAAUACAUUCGAGAACCUCUCAGUUAAUUUACAAUUUCCAUGCCCUGUUAUUAAUGUUCCGACCUACCUAGCAACAAAACGUGGGGCACAUCCUGUGGCCAUAUUUGGUCUUAUUGAAUAUGCCUCACCGGUGAUCCCAUUGGGCGCUUCUCUGUUCAGUCCUCGUAUCAAACCCGCCCAGAUCAAGGGUUGUGAUUGGCCUGGUCUAGGCCAGGUCUACUGGAAGAUAAUUCUGUCUGAACGGGAGGAAUUCACUGUCAACCAUAACCCAGCGUUUUUAACUGUUUGGUUUUUUUUACUGUUUUUAGUUACUUUUUAACAGAAAAUCAUUACAUUAGGCUACUGUUCCUUGAAACCUUUAACAUAAGAUAUAUCAUAUUUAUAGGGAUCUCCAUGCCUGUGGUCUACACCAAGUAUUUCUCUGAAAGUACUCGGGGUAAAGGUAAACACACUGAAGAGUUUUGUGAUUGCAGUUGUUUUGCGCAUCUUUUGUGAAGCGUCCAAUGUUCCUGGCUGGAUGUUAGGCUAACGUGGACGUGAUGGUCUGCAAGUGGCAGUAGAGAGUAGUAGAGAUCAUAAAAUCAGAAUAACACGUUGAAAUCGGAACACUGCCUCACUAACAUGCUAUGUUUACUUUCAUAUGUGCCUGUAUUGUAUUUAUUUCAUCUUUUUUAUAAAUUGGUCAUUUUGUCAUGACCCAUAUCCUUAGGCUCUAUAACAAUAAUCUGAUUCAUAGUUUUGUAGUUCCACAUGUUGGUCAAUAGGCUGCAGGGUAUUCUUAUUAACAUUAAUAAUUUGAAUCAAUAGUUCUUUCCUUUAUUUGGCAAACCUUAAUUUAUUUUAUUUCCAAGAUGCUAUUUCAUUGUUUGUUAAGUUGUAAAACAUUAUUUAUUUGAAAUUGUUGUGAAAAGUUGAUGUUUUUAGACAUGUGGGUGUAUUGUUACUUAUUUGUGACCUUAGCCCACGUUUAGAGAGACCGCAUUGUUGUUUUCUACAUUUAACUAAGUGCAGGGGGUGCUUUUCGGUUUAAUUGUGAUUUGAAUAAAGAAACUAUUUCUUAUUUUA